AUGGCUGGCUGAUGGCCCCUUUGGUAACUUUAUCGACGCCCAUCGGGCUUUUGAAGACCCAACUCAACUCAAGUAAGUAGCGAAUAUAUGAAGUAAAGGGAUGUCGUAUUAUUAAUCCUACCGACUAAAAACAAAGGCAAGGGAUGUCGUAUUAUGAUUGGAUUGGCGCCUAAAUCGUAGUCGACGAUGAGUUUGAGGAAGUUGAAGGUGUCGGUGACGGUGGGUGGUGAAGCGACGAACCCAAGCCCUAAUAAUGAGAGUGAGAAUAAGGCGAAAAGACAGACGCUAGUUCUGGGCAAUGGAAGCGAAGUUGUGUUCGUCCCAAGGUUCGUUAGCUUCGAUCAGGCUUGGACAUGGUUCGAUUACCUCCACACCCAUAUCCCCUGGACCAGACCCACCAUUCGCGUCUUCGGUCGUUCCUGCCUCCAGCCUAGAGAUACAUGUUAUGUAGCAAGCCCAGGGCUCCCUCAAUUGGUUUACAGCGGCUACCAGCCUCAUGCCUAUUCAUGGGAUGAUCAUCCACCACUUAAGCAAAUCUUGGAAGCGGUCCAUAAAGCUCUUCCUGGCAGCAGUUUUAAUAGCUUGAUCUUAAAUAGGUAUAAAGGUGGUAAUGACUAUGUUGGUUGGCAUUCUGAUGAUGAGAAGCUUUAUGGAUCAACUCCUGAAAUCGCGUCCUUAUCCCUUGGAUGCGAACGUGAGUUCUUCUUGAAGAAGAAACCCAGUAAAACAUGCCAACAAAGCAGAGAUGAUCAAGAACCUAAAAGUAAGCGAUUAAAGAGGAACCAUGCUGAUCAGCACUCUUUCACACUUAAGCAUGGAUCGCUAUUGGUGAUGAGAGGUUACACUCAAAGGGAUUGGAUGCAUUCGGUGCCUAAGCGGACAAAGGUAGAGGCAACUCGUAUCAACCUCACAUUCAGAUGGGUUCUUGAAGACCCUGGUGCGAUGAGUUAACUUGACACUGGUACUUUGUCCUAGAGGAGUAAUGUAUAGCUUUGUCGAUUAGUUAAGAAGAUUUUGGAUGUCUGUAUCCGUCUGCUAUGUCACGUACUUAAUUUGGGUAACAGGCUUUGCAAUUUAGUGUUUUUGUGUGUUUGUUUUGUUGCUUGGCUGGUGUAGUAGGCUUUUUGCCCCUCCGUCUUAAGUAAAAUGAGUGCCAUAAACCUUGUUUCCUGAUGUUAGCAAGCAUGGCCUCUUCCAUAAUC